AUGAAAGAAAUCAUUAACCUCGCCGGUCCAACGGUGAACCUCAUCGACAGUUCCAUCCCUGAGCCCAACGAUGACCAAGUCCUGAUUAAGGUCGUCGUCAGCGGCUCGAACCCGAAAGAUUGGAAAUGUCCGGAUCUAGCGGAGAUUCCUGAUAGUUUUAUUCUGAAGUUGUAUCCUCAUCUAAGCGAGGGGGUCAACCAAGGAGAUGAUAUCGCCGGGGUGGUGGAGAAGGUUGGGAAGAAUGUGUAUGAGUUUAAGCCUGGAGACCGCGUCGGGGCCUUUCACGAAAUGAUCGCCCCGGGGGGAUCCUACGCUGAAUACGCCCUUGCUUACGAGCAUACGACGUUCCAUCUUCCUGCGAAGACGUCGUUUGAAGAAGCUGCAACCAUUCCCCUCGCUGGCCUAACCGCCGUCAUCGCACUGUACCACCACCUCGGCCUCCCGUUCCCGUGGAAGCCCGCGCAGAGCACCAUCCCCUGCGUCGUGUACGGCGGCAGCACGGCCGUCGGCGCCUUCGCCAUCAAACUCCUGCGCCGGAGUAACGUGCACCCGAUCAUUGCGGUAGCAGGCAAGGGAGCCCCGUACGUCGAGCAGCUGCUAGACCGCAGCAAGGGCGACACGAUCAUCGAUUACCGCGGAGGAUCUGAGCAAACGAUCCAGGGCAUUCGCGACGCCCUAGGCGGAAAGGAACUCCACCAUGUCCUCGACACCGUCGUGAACGAACAGACGACGCAGAUCCUGAAAUCGGUCAUCGCGGCUGGCGGGAACGUCAACGCCGUUCUUGCAGGAGACCGAGACGUCUCUCCCGGCGUGGCGACGAAUACGGUCGUGUCAGGCGCGCAUGAGGUCGGUGGGGACAAUGACUGUCGCGAGCUUUGCUAUUUGUUCUGUCGGUGGUUUUCGAGGGAGUUGCAGCACGGGUUGAAGGGGGAAAGAGAUGCGUUUUCGGGUCAUCCGUAUGAGGUGAGGCCUGGGGGGUUGCAGGGGGUGAGAGAUGCGCUGCAGGAUUUGAAGGAUAAUAAGGCUUCGGCGGUUAAGUAUGUGUUUCGCAUUGCGGAGACACCGGGG